GCUGUGACUAAGUGGAGAGGGAGAACCCAACAUGAGCAACACGGCAGAAAAGGGGGGAACGGAGAGCAGCAGCAGGGACGGGUUGAGGCUCAGGAACCAGGACCAGAACCGGGACCACGGACCAGAACCAGCCAACAUGUCAGAGUCCAUCAAGAGGAGAAACUCCAGCAAGCAGCUCCUGCAGAACCUCAUCAGGGUGACGGUGCAGCGGAGCCAGGAGGAUGCAGAGGAGGUGGAGCGGGAGCGGCGGAGGAGAGCCAGGGAGAAGCAGAAAGAAGAAGGGACCCUGUCCUUCCCAGAGGCCCGGCAGCAGGACGGCACGCACAGCACAGACUUUGCAGGUUUUGAGCCGUCUGCCGCUGGACAUUUCGUACCAACCAUGCAUCAAAUCGCUCCGCCUAGAAGAUGUUUUGCUCCUACUGUGACUGCUGAUCCUGUAAAGUCCGAAGAGGAGCUGAAACCUUCCCGCUUUGCUCUGGAAGAAGACGAAGGUUUCAGUGACUGGAGUCACCGGUUGGAGAACCGUCAUGAGACGGAGGAGCAGGAAAACUGCAGGGCGAAGGAGCACAAACCAUCUGCAGCAUCAGAGUCUGGGGGGUACAAGCAUGAGGAUGAGGAGGAGGGAAGAGGAGAAGAUGGAGGAAGGAGCUCUCAGGAAGAUUCAACACGACUUUCAGAGAAGACAUCCAGCUCCCAAACUCCCGUCAGGACGUCGUACAGCUCCUCUGUCUUCCUGUCGCAGGACGCCAGGCAGCAUCACGCCGCAGGACAUCCUGCAGACCGGACGUCGUACCUGGCAGCAGGGACGAUAAGGACCAGAAACGUCGACCACAGUGGAGGAGCUCACCGGCUGGAAGUGGAUGAGGAGCAGAAGACGCAGCAGGAAGAGGAGGAUGAUGAACAAGAGGUGAAAACAAUCCUGCAGAUGCAGCAACAGACUUCAGCUGAUGAAGAAGCUCAGGAGGAGGAAGAAGAGCGAAGCUCCACAGGUGAAAACUGGAGAGAAAUCCAGAUCAGGAAGCAGCAGACACACAGGCCAGCGGAGGAGGAAGACGAGGAAUAUCACGAAAUAAAAGAAGAGCGAUCAGAGGAGAGUGAGAGACGACGGGAUGUGCUGAGCGGCGGCGGGCCGAACGCGCUGAGCGGCGGCGGGCCGAACGCGCUGAGCGGCGGGCCAGAUGCGUCUCACCAUACCAACAGCGAAGGCGAGGAGUCGUUAAACUGCUACGGCCCCAUGAGUCCAACAUUCAAGAAACUCCUCAUUCAGUUCUACCCAGACGAGGUGAACAGUCGAGUCUCACCGGAUGGAAAAUGUUCGAUAACAGAGAGGACUGAGUCUCUCAGAAGAAGCACCAGCAACAUAAAGAAGACAUCACCACCUCUUUCUGUUUCUAAGAUUGAUAAGCGAUUGGAGGAAUACACACAUGCUCUUGAGAUUUCUUCAAAGGAAGGAAGGUCGAGCUGCCAGGCGCUGACUGAGCUUACGGGCCCCGCUGAACCGGUCGCAUCGAAGAAGAAUCUGUUCGAAGCCGGAGACGCCUGGAACCAAAACGUCGCCUCAGCCGCUGCAUCCAAGGACGCAGACGGUUUAAAAGUUGGUGUGGCCGAUCUGAUCAACCAGUGGGUGAGAGGAGGCGAAGACGGAAGCAGGAGCGGCUCACCGUCAAAACCAGCAGAAAUAAGACCUGGUGGGGUUUUAAACAAGAAGAAUUUAUGGGAAAGCCUCGGUGACACAUUAUCUUCAACAAGAGACGGAAAGGAAAACUCUACCAAGAGGUAUAAAUAUGUGGUGACGGGUCACGGCAAGUAUGCUAAGGUUUCUGAUAAUGACUGCAGUGAAGAUGUCAGCUGCCAGGCAGCUGAACAUCUCUUUGAAGAUUUGUGAAACGCCUCUUUGGAAUAUUGGACGACAAGCCACUAUCUCUUCACCAUUCUCUUUUUGUUGGGCUAUAACCUGGAAAAAUACCAAAAUCCUUCUUUUGCUUUGGGACUGAUAUCUUUCUGUACUUAUUGUAUCUUUGAAUACAAUCAAAUAAAUCUGAAUAAAGUACUUUUUAGUGUU